UAACAGAAAAUCAUUUUUCAAUGUGAUAGUCUCAUUUGUCAUAUAAGAAGUUUACACUUUAUAAAUUGUGUAUUUUUGUUACUUUUUAAAAAUAAUUUGACGGUUUUUUAUAACAAAAUUUAGAGAUAUUUUUGUUGGCGAAAAAAUAAUUUAGGAAUAUUUUUAGUAGUUUACCCGAGAUUAAAUUAAAAAAUUGAAUAUAUCACAUUAAAGUAUAAAUAUACAAAUAUUUUAUGCUACGAAGGGAAAAUAGGCACAGAAGUUUGCAUCUGAGGUAUUACCUAGUCAACAUGCUUCCAUGUAUGAGGAAUCCUAUGUACAUCCUUUUAGGAUCAUCCUAUGUCAACAUCCUAGAGCAAGAUCAGAAUCUGAGUCCUGACGCCGAUUCUCCAAUCAUAUGGGUUUCAUAAUAUAAAAUUUUCUUUUUCCAUUUUUUUGUACAAUUCCCAUGAAACUGCAAAGAAUAGCUUCUAAAUUAGGCCAUCCACAAUAUUAAGAAAUACUAAACCCAUAAAGUACAUCUUGCGGCUGAGAAUUUCAUCAAAGUAAAGUAACGUUUUGUUGGUUUUUGUAAUGCAUGAAUCAUAAGUCAUACAUAGCAUAUAAUGAGGUUUGGCCAUUCCUUGGCUUAUCAAUUCUAAUUUCUAUCCGUUCUAAUUUUCUACAAAGAGUACCAUACAAAUUACAAUAAUUAAAAAUGUCACUAUGGAAAUUCCCAACUUUCUUUCUUGUUAUGUUUACGUUCUUCUCUUGUUCUUUCUCUAGCAUUUUCACAAUAACCAACAACUGUCCCUAUACUAUAUGGCCCGGUACCCUCUCCGGCGCAGGCUCGCCGUCACUUGCAACAACCGGAUUCCGUCUAGACCCCGGCCUAAGUGUGAAACUCACAAGUGUUCCUGGGUGGUCCGGCCGGAUAUGGGCAAGGACUGGUUGCACUUUUGAUGCAACCGGAACUGGCAAAUGCCAAACCGGCGAUUGCGGAGGAAGGCUUGAGUGUGAUGGAAAUGGUGCUGCUCCUCCUACCUCCUUGUUUGAGAUAACGCUUGGUAAAGGCACUGAUCAAGACUAUUAUGAUGUGAGUAUGGUAGAUGGUUACAAUUUACCAUUGCUUGCUCAACCACGAGGUGUAUAUGGGGGUGCUGCUUGUAAUGCCACAGGUUGUGUUACUGAUAUUAAUAGAGGUUGUCCGAAAGAACUUCAAGUGGUUGGUGGAGAUGGAUACCAAGGUGAAGGUGGUGUAGUAGGGUGUAGGAGUGCUUGUGAGGCAUUUGGGUCAGACCAAUACUGCUGCAGUGGAGCAUUUGCAAACCCAACAACAUGCCAGCCCUCUUAUUAUUCCACCAUUUUCAAGAGGGCUUGUCCAAGAGCCUAUAGCUAUGCAUUUGAUGAUGGAACAAGCACCUUCACUUGCAAAGCUUAUGAAUAUGACAUUGUUUUUUGUCCUAGCAGCUAUAGGAACAAAAAACCAAAGGGUACAGUUCUUCCUCCACCAAUAUCAAUUACAGUUCCUCCUCCACCACAAUCU